ACAAAAUUAAAGAUGCCAAGAUCAUCUUUGUCGUGGGCGGGCCUGGCUCUGGAAAGGGCACUCAGUGUGAGAAGAUAGUUGAAAAGUAUGGCUACACUCACUUGUCUUCUGGGGAUCUGCUCCGUGCUGAGGUGGCCUCCGGCUCAGAAAGGGGCAAACAGCUGCAGGCCAUCAUGCAGAAGGGAGAGCUUGUACCCCUGGACACAGUCUUAGACAUGAUUAAAGAUGCCAUGAUCGCCAAGGCUGACGUCUCCAAGGGCUUUCUUAUAGAUGGCUACCCUCGUGAGGUGAAGCAGGGAGAGGAGUUUGAGAAGAAGAUCGGCAAACCCUGCCUGCUGCUGUACGUCGACGCAAAGGGCGACACCAUGGUCAAGAGGCUUCUGAAGCGCGGCGAGACCAGCGGCCGGUCUGACGACAACGAGGAGACCAUCAAGAAGCGCCUGGACUUGUACUACAAAGCAACCGAGCCRGUCAUCGCUUUUUACGAGAGCAGGGGCAUCGUGAGGAAGGUGGACUCGGAGCUGGCGGUCGAUGACGUCUUUGCCCAAGUCUCCCAGGCUAUUGAUGCACUGUAGUAAAAGAAUGUAACAAGAUGAGCUGUUGUUUUUUUUUUUUUUUUGUUUUAUUUAAUUUCCCUCUUUUAUACAUGUCUGACGGACUAAACAUAAAUAGAAGGAUAACUUUCCCAAACAGAAUAACUUGUUUUUUUUUUAAGAUUAAAGGGAGGCCCCGGUGAGAAUUAAAGAUGCCUUAAGUCUGAUCCAUAGCAAUAAGRAUUCAAGUUUGAAGCCACAAACCAACAAAUCAGCCUGAAGCAGUGUUGUCARAUCUAUAUUUUUCUGUCUGAAAAUGAGCUAGUUUGUUGUAUAAAAGUCUUGCUUUGAUUAUGUGCUGAAUAUUUAUGUGGCUCCCACCGUGGGACAAACCCACACUUUACAGAAUCUUUAAAAAGUCUGCACAAUGCUCGAUCAAAAAGUWGGUUUUGUUUUUGACAUUUUCACCUUUMCUUCAAAAAGUGCAUUUUUCUUACUCGUACUGAUGCAGCACAUCUUUUCACMCCCCCCCCCCCACCCCCCAUGAAAUCCUACCUUAAUGCCUCCAUCUCCCAAAAUGCCUAGCUAGCUUUAAAGUGUCUGCUGAUGAGUCAGGAAUGAAGGAGUGCGAGCCAGGUGCCCGUUCUUUGUUUAAGGUGAGCCAAACAAACGACCAGGGCAGGCAUUAUGCAAAUGCCUUACAUGGUGAUGCUGAUAAGAAACUUGAGAAAAAGGCUGCCUGACAAAUGAGGCGUCUCAGGACCGUCCAGGAGCAGUGUCUUCUGAGACGAGAAAGAAAAACCUUCUUUGUUGGAGACUUUGCAACCUUGCAAAGCUUUUCUAAGCACAGAACAGUUACAGAGCACUCAGAAAGGUGAAAACCUCUUUUUAGUGCUGCCACACGACUCCUUUAUCAUUGUGCCCUUGAACAGAGACAAACUGCAGUUUUUUAUCCUGUCUUUAAAAACCAUCAUGUACUCUGUACAAGACAUUUGCAACUAUAUUUAAAGCAUUUUUUUUUUCAUUUUUGUCACCAUGUCAGAGGUAUUAGUCUAUUAAAGAUUCUAUUAUGACAACA